AUGGCUGUUCAUUAUACGGGAUGGUGGGGCCACAUAGGUUCCCCCAAACAGAAGUACAUCACUCAAUACACGGUUUCUCCUUUUGCCCAAAGUCCAUUGAAGGGAUCACUCAACAGAGCAGUGUUCAAUACAUUCAGAAGAUUCAAGGCUCAGGUGUUCUAUGUAGGCGUUCCAGCCAUCAUUGUGUGGGAAGUCUGGACUAACGCUAGAGAUUACAACGAUUAUUUAUAUACCAAGGCCGGUAGAGAAGAGUUGAAGAGAGUUAACGUGUAA